ACAUAUAUUCCGAUGGUAAUUGUGGUGAAAGUAGUGCUUCAUUUAUGGUAGACGCCAAGAAAAAUCGAAAAGCACUUCUUGAAACAAGGGAUCAAAGGCCCUAAAUACCAGAUUCUUCUUGGUAAUUUGAAGGAACUCUCCACCUUGAAUUUGAGAGCUUCCACUCAACCUAUGCCUUUGUCACACAAUAUUCUUCCCAGGGUUCUUUGCUUCUACCAUCAUUGGAAGAAAAUCUAUGGUUCGGUGUUCCUAGUGUGGUUCGGGCCAACACCGCGGCUGACAAUAUCCGACCCGGCAAUGAUCAGAGAGAUAUUCGUAUUGAAAUCGGAACAUUUCGAGAAAAACGAGUCGCCCCCACUUGUUAGGAAGAUUGAAGGCGAUGGUUUGUUGAGCCUCAAAGGACAAAAAUGGGCUCACCAUAGAAAGAUUAUUCAACCCACUUUCCACACCGAAAAUCUCAAGUUGAUGAUACCAACGAUGGCGAAAACAAUGGAAGAAGCGGUGAUGAAGUGGUCGGAAGAAAUGUCGAAUUCCGGCAAAGUCGAAAUCGAAGUUUCCGAUUGGUUUGAGAAAUUGGUGGAGAACGCGAUUACCAGAGCUACUUUCGGAAGCAGCUAUUACGAAGAUGGUAAAGCAAUUUUCCAAUUGCAGUCGCAGCAAAUGCUUUACGCCACCGAGGCUUAUCAGAAGAUCUUCAUCCCUGGCUACCGGUUUCUGCCGACGAAAAAGAAUAGAAUAUCUUGGGGAUUGGAAAAGGAGAUUCGGACAUCGUUAUUGAAGCUCAUCGAUCGGAGGAGGAGGAAUUGGGGUAGUGGUGGCGGUGGUGGUGGAAAUUGUCAGGCGGUGUCAGACGAAUGUCCGAGCGAUUUAUUGGAGCUCAUGAUUAAGGCGAGCCUCAAAGACAGCGCCGAUUGCGAAUCGCCGUCGUCGGCGGCGGCGGCGGUGGCAAUCACGGCGAACGACGUGGUGGAGGAGUGCAAGACGAUAUUCUUCGCCGGGAAGCACACAACCUCGAAUCUGCUGACGUGGACGACCGUGCUUCUGGCCAUGCAUCCCCAGUGGCAGGAACAGGCACGUGAGGAGGUCCUGAGGGUGUGUGGGGCACGUGACACCCCUACUAAAGAUGAUCUCGCUAAGCUCAAAACGCUGGGAAUGAUUCUGAACGAAUCACUGAGACUGUACCCACCAGCAGUGGCAAUAAUCCGACGGGCCAAGGCGGAUAUGCAGUUGGGUGGGCUCCACAUCCUACGUGGCACGGAGCUACUAAUUCCAAUCCUGGCCGUCCAUCACGACCCAUCUCUGUGGUGCCACGAUGUACACGAGUUUAAUCCAGCGAGGUUCGCCAAGGGCGUGGCUCACGCCGCCAAACACCCGAUGGCUUUCAUGCCCUUCGGCUUGGGGGCGCGCCGCUGCAUCGGCCAGAACCUAGCCGUUAUGCAAGCCAGAUUAGCCGUCGCAAUGAUCCUCCAGCGGUUCACCUUCGAGCUGGCGCCGACCUAUCAGCACGCGCCAUCUGUCCUCAUGCUCCUGCACCCGCAGCACGGCGCGCCGAUUGUCUUUAGGAAAUUAUAAUAUAUUAUAAAGUCGCGUUUCACGUUUUUCUCUUAAUUGUUUUCUCCUUCUGACGUGUACACGUUUCACUUAGGGGUUUUAGAUUUUUCUUUUUUCUUUUUUUUUUUUAAUUUAUCCCUCUAACUUAGAUGAAUGAAUGUUGGAUAGUUUUCAAAUAUUUCCACUAGUUUGCUUCGCCCCGAAAUUCCGGCAUGGGGAAGAGCUAUUCGUCGAAUAUCGAUUUUUAAAAAAAUGUAUCUCGUUCUAUCUCUGGUGUUCGAUUUAUGUAAAUUCUUGAUUUAUGCUUUUUUGUAUACAUCUUUAUUUUUUUUAAAGUUAUAACUUAUAUAUAUUGGCAUUGUGA